UUACUGCGAUGAUCAUUCUUCACUUUCAUCUACAACCGCAGUUCAAAUAUGAAUUAUUUCAUAUAUACUUUACCUCAAAACUCACCCUGUGGAAACGCCCUCCAUAUCCCGAGAUACAUUAUCAUAAUUAUAUUUUGGCGGGAUAAUCCUGGAAGUCCGUGUAUUUUCUAGGUUCCGGGUUUAAGUAAUCCGGCGUUAGGGUUUGUUAUGUGUCCCUGGUUUUAGUAAUUUUAUGUUCCCGGUUUUAGUAUUCCGGCGUUCCUGGUUUCAGUACCAGCCUAGCCUUCAGGGCUGCCGAUAUAAGGGGCUAACCGACCCUCCGCCGGCAUAUCCGCCUACCACGAUCAAGUUCCUGUCUUGGUGUUCAUCACGGAUUUUAGUUCGUAGGAUCGGACUUCACGCGAGAUUCACAGCAGAUUUCCCACAUGGCUAGUGCAUCACCAACAGCUUCAUCCAAUAAGGAGACCACUAACUAUGCACGCUUGUGUCGUCUCCUGGUUGAUGUUGGUACCCAGGCCCUUAGGGACACACUUGAUGCCAUUCACGCACCAGCAAAUCUUCACGCAGUUUUGGCGGCAAAUAAACCCACUUUACAAGGUCUCAGAUCAAGAAAAAUUAUCAAUUCGACGCAAUGGGGCAGGCUCUUUCCAGUCAUUCCUUCUUCAGUGUCUUCGAAAACCUUUGACACUACUCUUUUGAUGGUUCUCUUAAGAAAUGUGUGCGGCUUGCCUUCUCCAAUGACCGGGUGGGACACACUUCCCGCUGCAACGGACAUGACUCGUGAAGCAGAUAUUGCUCGUAUUAAGUACUUGAGAAACACCGUGUACGCCCAUGCCGAACAAGCUUCGGUUGAUGACACAACGUUCAACGCGUACUGGCAAGACAUUCGGGACAUUCUGGUGAGAUUGGGAGGGGUUAGGUACAGGGCAGCUAUCGACAAUCUGCAAACUGAGUGCAUGGACCCUGAAACUGAAGAUCACUACAAGCUACUUCUCAGUGAAUGGAAAAAGGACGAGGAAAACAUUAAAGAUGAGCUAAAAGAGAUCGGAACCAAGAUGACAGAUGUCAUGAAAAAACUGGAUGAUUUAACAGCAGCAACUGUGACUAACAGAAAGGAAUCAAGCGAUGAAGGUAGGUUUUAAUGACACUAAGGGUCGAUUUACACGGUAUUUUGUGACAAAUUUCUACUGAGUAGGAGACGAGGUGAAGUGUUCUUGUGUCAAAAUGGCGGACGAACUUGUUGUUG